AACUGACACAAAAACCACAUUUAAAACCAAUAUAUACAUUCAUCAGUCAUCAGUCAUCACUCAAUUAAGAAUCUAUAAAAUUACUUGAUAUUAGAUUUAUUAGCAAAAAAUAUGUAAGAAAAAAAAAUGAAUAAUUGUAUGUUCAUUGGUUAGACGUCAAUACUCAGCCUUUAUAGUAAUAGUAGCAUACAAGUACAAAUAAAUUGGUCUUAGCCUAAGUCAUAGAAACAAAAAUUGGAGAAAACAAAAAUUUAGAUAAUAAGCAAAAUGAGGUAAGUAUGGUUUAAAAAAAAAUAUUAUUAUUUAUAAACCAUAAUGACUGGACUGGUGUAUAAGAUCUAAGCCUAAGGGUUUGGCAGUAGUGUAGCCAGGGGGGUUUAGGUGUUCAACCCCUCCCCCUUGGCUUUAAAAAAAGAUUGUUAUUAUAAUGUACAUAAAUUUAUAGUUUUGUUAAUUGUAUACUUAUGUAUGAAAUGUAAUAUUCUAUUAGCGUACAACUCAGUACAUUUUACCGCUCCUGGACAAUAUAUUUUAGAGGUGAGCAAAAAAAGGUUAUUACUCAUUACCCCUUUCCCUCGCCCCUGAUAAUUCCUGGCUAUGCCACUGGGAUUAGGUGAUACAUUUAUAUGACAAUUAUUAUAAUUAUGUGUCCAUGCUUAUUAAUUUCACGCUUAUAUAUGUAUGUUAAGAUCAGUGUUAAUGAUAAAUCUAAUUUUUUUUAAUUAGUUGAGUUAGGUAUGAAUUAUGAUUCAUGACAGUUUUUAUCACUUCUUUGAAGAAGGAAAACUAUUUUAUAAGCUCCCCUCAUAAUAUACAUAUACAGUAUACACUAUACUGUAUAAUAUCACAAAUGUAUUAGUUUGUGAUUUAUAUUUUACAAUCUACACAACGAUUUUUAUAGAUCUAUACUAUUUAGUAUUUAGUCAUAUUUUAAGGCAGCUCCACAGCCUUUACAUCGUGAAUAUUACGAUAGUUAAAAGUUUGUGACCAAGAUGUGUGACUGGGUUGCGGGCUGCAUUACUGAAUGACUAAAUACCCAAUAUAUACAUUAAAAAAAUAUAAAUCAUGCAUCCACGGUUAAUAAUAAAUUGUUAAUAUUAAUUGUUAUUUAAUAUUUAUUAUAAAUAUUUUUAUAAUUAAUAUAAUAUCAAAUAUUGUGAAAAUAUGAAUAACCAUGAUAAGAUUCUUUUAUCUUUUAUCAAAAUUCUAUCAGCUACAAUUACUGCCUAAUUGAGAUCGAGAUGAGACUAUGGCUAAAUAGCCACUAGCUUAGACUAACAAAUUACUAUAAUACUAUUAUGCAUUUAUGCAUGAUAAAUGCUAUUAAAUAUUAAUUAUUAUGUGUAUGGUCUCGAGUCUAUAGUGUUUAUAUUAUUCUAUUGUAUGUUGUUUGGUUUCAAUUUUCAUCUCUGUAACUUAAUUAGUUUUAUUCAUCUAUUUACUAAUUACUAACGUCUAAUACAAUUUAAAUAUAUUAAAAUGGAAAAUGCAUUAGAAACUAUCCUUAACACUAGCAUAAAAAAAUUAGAUAUGUACACAGAUGGAGGCUGCAUUAAUAAUAGUUCAGUUUAUCAAACAGAAGACAAUAAAUUAGUAUUUGUUAAAGAUAAUUCAAAACCAGGGUCAGAUAAAAUGUUCAAUGGGGAAUUAGAAGGCCUUAAAGCAAUAUGUAGUACAAAUACUAUUUCAGCUCCUUAUCCUAUUGCCACUGGCUGCACAAGUAGUGGUCAACAUUUUAUUGUAAUGGACUAUUGGAAAAUGAAUUCUUUAAGUACAAAAUGUUCCUCAGAAUUAGGCAGUCAAUUAGCAGAAAUGCAUAUGUUCAAUUUAAAAGAUGGCCAAUCAUGUGUAAAGAAAUUUGGAUUUCAUGUUGAAACGUGUUGUGGAUUUUUACCUCAAAAUAAUACAUGGACUGAUGAUUGGAUUACAUUCUACACAGAAAAUCGUUUGAAUUAUCAAAUUCAGUUGCUGCAAUCAAAAUCAGGAAACAGUUUGAAAAAAAAGAAAAUCAUUGAAAAUUAUUGGCCUCGACUGAAACAUAAAAUUCCCAAAUUCUUUGAGGGAAUAGAAGUUAAGCCUUCACUACUUCAUGGAGACUUAUGGCCAGGAAAUACUGCUCAAUCAAAUUCAAAACCAGUUAUUUUUGAUCCAGCUACAUUUUAUGGGCAUCAUGAAUAUGAUAUUGCUUCCAUUUCAUUAUUUGGAGGUAUUUCUAAAGAUUUUUUUGAAGCAUAUUUUAAAAAAAUACCAAAAUCUAAUGGGUUUGAAAAUAGAAAGUUAUUAUAUCAUUUGUUCCAUUAUUUAAAUCAUUGGAAUCAUUUUGGAGGAAGUUAUAUUGACUUAACAAUAGACACUUUUGAAUCAUUGCUUGAUUUUGAAUUUUGAUGUAUUUAUCAAGUCUUGUGAAAUCAAUUUUUUUACAAAACAAUAAUCAAAUAAUGAUGAUAAUAAAAAUUGUAUUACAAAUGAAAAUAUUUUAAAAAGCGCAUUCCAUUUUCUUGUAUUUUGUAACAUUUUUGUAAAGAAAAGAUAAAUUAAAUACUCUUCAUGUUGUUAUUAUUAUUUUAAU